CUACCGACUACAAAUAGACCUAGGAUUUGAGAGCCCCUGUCUUAAGGAAAAAGGGUUCCCCAAAUCCCCUGCUAAUCGCGAAACAGCGCCUCGUCGCCUUCGUCUGGCCUCUUGACCCCCCUCGUGCACUUCCGAGCCGAGGCAAAAUGCGCCGUCCCCAUGACGCCAGCGACGGCGACGAGGAUCGCGGCUACCCGUCGAGCUCCGCUGUCAACGGGGCCGGCGAUGAGGAGGAGGAGCGGCGCCAGGCGGCGCGGACGCCGGGGAAGGACGGCCCGGUGGACGCGCUGUGGCGGUGGAGAAGCCAGAGCCUCUCCGAGAUAGUGCUCUCGUGGUCCGUGGACCAAAUCCUCGACAAGGACCUGCUCCGCGACAAGGUGUCGAAGAUACCAGAGACAUUUAGCAGCAUAGAGCAGUACAUGACAUCGUAUUUUGGGCCACUUUUAGAAGAGGUUAGAGGUGACAUGUGUUCAAGCAUGGAGGACAUCUCCAACGCUCCAUAUGCAGACCUGCUCUCUGUUAAUUCAAUGAGGAAAGGGAAGGGGUCAUACGAGAUCAGUCUUGGCAGAUGGAGGGGAACGUCUCAUGGCUGUGGGAUUGAUAAUUAUAAGCCAAAAUCGGCUGAUGUUCUACUGAUUUCAGAAACGAAACCGGCAAAUCAAUCUGAUAUCCUGAAACAGUCCAAAUCCUGUGUCAUCGUAUGGGUCAGUAAGGUUAAUGGUAACAAGAUGACAGUCAAGGCAUCACAGUUGAUGGAGACUGGGGCUCAAGGAGGUGAACGGCGACCAAUUGGGGCUAAUAAAUACGAUAAGUUGUAUGCUGAAUGUUUGGACAAGUCUUGGGAAAUGCUAGAUCAAGAAGCAAUGGCUUCGAAAUGUAGAAACUCAUCUGUGCAUCGCAAUGUCUGGAAAGAGUCACACAAGGUUGAAAAGCGCAGCGAUGUGCAUGGAAGAAAUGAGAAAGAGACAGGUGAAUCAAAGCGAUGGUCCUUCUAUGCCAUGUACCUGACUAAUAUGGUAACAUAUGACCGUGUUUGGGUUGUGCUCCGAAGGGGUCUGACAAUGGAUUCAAAAAUCAUCCAUAGCAUGUUGGGCAGAAACAAUUAUGCUCUUGGACAUUGUAAACACUGCGUCAAUAAAUCACAUGAUGAAAUCAAGGGUGAUCUCUGUGAUUUUAAGCUGAAUGACUCACAACUUGAUGCUGUAGCAAGUUGCAUUUUGGCAAGUGAAUGCACUCACAGGUCUUCUAUGGGGCUAGUUUGGGGUCCACCAGGCACGGGUAAAACUACAACAGUUGCAGUGAUGCUACAAAUGCUUCUGAUGAAGGAACAGAGAACUCUCGCAUGUGCUCCAACUAACAUGGCUGUCCUGCAAGUUGCUUCUCGUCUUCUUGAGCUGAUUGGGGACUUCUCUCUAAGACACAAUUAUUCAUUAGGUGACAUCAUUUUAUUCGGUAACAAGGACCGUUUGCAAAUUGGCAAGUUACUGUCAGAAAUAUAUUUGGAUGACCGUGUCCAGAAGUUGUUGAGCAGCUUCAACAGACAACAUGGGUGGAAGCAUUGUGUGGAUUCUGUUGUAACAUUCCUAAAAAAUUGCAAUUCUCGGUACAGAAUGUCCGUGGAUAUACAGCAAGGAAGCAGUGAUGCACGCGACCUUACCUUUAAGAAAUAUUUUACAAGUAGAUUCAGCACUUUAGCCGAUGGAUUGGUCAGAUGUAUCGAUACAUUCUAUGACCAUCUACCAAGGAGUUCCCUGGGCAAGAACUUUGAUAAAAUGAUGUUCGUCAAAAGAUUGCUAGAUAAAUUGCAGCAGUCGCUGAGCGCAGAUGAUGUGUCUGAUGAGCUUCUUUUUACAAUCUUUAAUCCUGCCGAUGAAGUUCCUGACUCAUCUGGUAGUCAUGAUGAUCUGAUAGAUGAUGAAGAUGACUUUCAUGACUGUAAGAUUUCUCUAGAUAGCCCUUUGGACAUAAAGUCUCUUUGCAUAAAAAUUCUUAUGUCUCUUUCAAACAUGCGGCUUCCUUGUGAAGACAAUGAGCUUUCAAUCCGGGACUUGUGUUUGAAACAUGCGAAACUUAUAUUUUGCACUGCUUCUAGUUCAUUUGAGUUGUUCAGACUGCAAAGUGUGAGGCCUAUAAGCAUCUUAGUUAUUGAUGAGGCAGCACAACUAAAAGAAUGUGAAUCACUGGUUCCUCUAUUGCUACAAGGGAUAGAACAUGUUUUACUAAUUGGCGAUGAAAACCAGCUAUCAUCAUUGGUAAAGAGCAAGAUUGCUAAAGAUGCUGACUUUGGACGAAGCCUCUAUCAGAGAUUGUGCACGAUGGGCUACAGCAAACACUUGCUGGAAGUACAAUAUAGAAUGCACCCUAGCAUCAGUAAAUUUCCAAACUCCAAUUUUUAUGAUAAUCGAAUUUCAGAUGGUCCCAUUGUCAGGCAGGAGGACUAUGCCAAGAGUUAUCUACCUGGGCCUAUUUAUGGUGCUUAUUCAUUCAUUCAUAUUGACAACGACAUGGAAAUGCUUGAUAGCCUUGGUCAGAGUUCCAAAAAUAUGGCUGAGGUUGCUGUAGCAGCCAAUAUAGUCGAAAGACUUGCAAAAGAGUGCACUGAGAAGAGGCAGAGAACAAGUGUUGGUAUAAUAUCUCCUUAUACAGCUCAAGUGAUUGCAUUGCAAGAUAGACUUGGACGAAAGUUUGAGAAGCAUGACUUUCUAUCUGUUACAGUAAAAUCUAUUGAUGGAUUUCAAGGUGGUGAGGAGGACAUUAUUUUGAUUUCAACAGUUAGGUCCAAUAAAGAUGGGAAAGUAGGCUUUCUCUCUGAUUCUGGGAGAAUCAAUGUGGCGUUGACAAGAGCCAAGUACUGCCUUUGGAUCCUUGGAAAUGGAACCACUUUACUGGCUAGCAAUUCAAUAUGGGCUGAUUUAGUCCGUGAUUCAAAAAGGCGCAGAUGUUUCUUUGAUGCUUUUAAGGAUAAGGACUUAGCAGAAGUAGUCAUGUUUGCAACUAAGCCUGAGCAAUGGAAUCGAAGAGAACAGAGGAAUAGUCGUGCAAAUGAAGCGCCAUCUUGGCCAUCAUCAUGGGAUGUGGUGGCUGACAGGAACAACCCACCAAGAAGAUGGAAUGGCCGUCCAGCUUCUAGCAAUGCAAGGAGCGUGACCAAAUCCUAUGAUCAGGGACCAAAUGCAUGUCGAUGGACCAAUAAUUUCUCAGCUAGUAGAGAGGAAAGUUACAGAACUCGCUUUCAGCACGGCGAACCCUUGCGCAGUGGUCACUACAAUAAUCAAUCUCGAGUUGCGCCUGCUAAUCAAAAUCGGUUCAACAACUACAAUGCUUCGAGUGAGUGGCAUGGCUCUGUGGAAGGGUAUAGAGGAUGGCCCAAGCAGCAUGUUGGGCCAGAACCACAUGCCAGGUUGUCACAUGAAUGCAGUAGUAGUUUUCAAGAAGGCGAUGUAAGGCAUACUCCUAGAUCAGCUUAUGGGGAAGAAUCACAUGGCCAAAUUAGUGUUCUUGGCUCAUGGCAAGCUCCAGGAACCUACUACAAUUGUGGACCUCAGAAUAGAACUGUUUGUCCUGAGUUUCAGAACAGAGGGUCUUUUCAACAAAGGUUUGGUUCAUAUGGAGCUGCAGAUUCUGGAUUUGGUAGGGCCAAUGGAGACAGACAAUUCAAUAGUCUUGAGCGACGAGUGCCAUAUGGUCGAAUUGGUGGUCAAGGCAGAGGAAGAACUUCCUGCCAAGGGAGAGGAGAUACAAGAGGAUGGCAUGAACGGUUUGUUUGCCGUUGGACAGAACCUCACUGUCAGGUGCAGAAUGGCGGUUUGGAAAUUGCAUCCCACAAACUGCUAGCUCCUGGGCAGCAAGGGACGAAGAGGAACUGGUGUAAAGCAGAAUCAUCAGAUUCACCGCAACAGGACAACACAAAAAGGAUACUUGGAAGUGUAGAUCAACCUCCUGGCCCUGGGCCAGUUUGUCAUGGUGGUUCUGGAGCUCCCUCCCCUGAACAGCAUGCUUCUAGACAGGGAGCAGUGAAGAGAGGUGUAUGUGAAGCUGAAUCGUCAGAUUUACCAAUACAGGAUGAGUCCUCAGAAGUAACACUAAAACAAAGUGCAGAUAAACCUCUUUGUACCACAGAGGAUGGCAAUUCUGGAGCUGGUUCCUGUGAACUGCCUGUUCCUGAGCAGGGUGGGGUGGGGAUAGACUUGCGUGAAGCAGGACCACCAGAUAUACCAUGUCAGGUUCCGGAUGGCAGUUCUGAAGCAUUCCUUGAACUCCUUGUUCCCGAGCAUAGGGGGAUGGAAGCCGGCUUGUGUAAAGUAGAGCCAUCAGAUGCACCUUAUCAGGGUCAGGAUGGCAGUCCUGGAACCGCUUCACAUGAACAACCUGUCCCUGAGCAGCGAGGGAUGGGAAGAGCAGACUCGUGCGCUACAGAACCAUUGUCAGUACACCAGGACAGCACAGAAAAUAAACCUGAAACCGUAGAACAAGAUAGCUAGACAGUAGACACUUCUGAAUUUUGAUAUGUUACCUUUCUUUUUCUGCUCUGUAUAGAAACCUGUGCAUAAUAAGCAUGUAGGGCCUGAUUGGUUGGGGUGGUCCAAUCCUGCCUGGCUGCUUUUUGGAGCUAGGGUAAGCUGGCAAGGUUCAAGUAGUGCAGGCUGAGUUGUUUGGUUUCAUUUUUGAGCUCGUCCUGGGUGGAUGAAGAAUCUGAUUGAUGGUCGGUUUAAUGUAGGGUGAAAACGGUCGGAAACGAUGAGUAAACACUAAAAUAAUUUUCGUUUUCAUAUUUUUUUU